GUGUACCUUCUUUUAAAUCAUUUGAUGACUUGUCACAAGAAAACCCAACUAUAGAAAGGACACAAUUUCCACCGAGUAUAGCAGAAAAUUGGACGGCUCCUGAGUCAUGGGCAGUAAACUUGCCUUACGCUCAUGAAAUUCCGAUAGAAAAAGAUAUUCACGUUAACCUUAAUGUUGAAGAUAGGGAUGAUUCGAAUAAAUUAUUUUGCAUUCGUAUAUUUCGUCCUGAUGCCACCUUCGGUACUGUAAGUUGUGGAUUGAACACUACUACUUCCGAAUUAUGCCAAAUACUUGGUAAAAAAUUUUUUGUUCGAGAUAUUUCAAAAUAUAAUUUAUAUGUGAUGAGGCACAGUUUAGAAGGCAACUUAUCUACUUUUCAAAAAGUAGAUCUUCAAUCUCGUAAUUUACAGACAAUACCUAUAUUUCUUUAUCGACAAGCUUUUUAUAUCCGAUCUUUAAAUGUUUCACAAAAUCUAAUGCUUGAUCUUCCUAUGGAUUUCAUACAAUCUUGCACACAGUUACGUGAUCUCAACCUUUCACAAAAUGACUUGGAACGUGUUCCACAAUCAAUUAAACAAUCAGAAAUGCUUUCUUUUCUUGAUCUAAAUUCGAACUGCUUGAAGGAUUUGGAACAUGGAUCAUUAGAAAUGAUUGGGGAACUAACAAAUCUUCAAGUUGAAAACAAUUUGUUACAGAGAUUACCUGAGAAAUUUUCUGCCUUUACCAAAUUAAAUAUUUUGAAUGUUGCCAACAAUUCGUUCUCAGACUUUCCUCAAGUUGUUUGCACUAUUGUGACGCUUUCGGAACUGGAUUUGAGUUAUAAUAAAAUAACUUCCAUACCAAAAGCAAUUGGAAAACUUAUCAACCUUAAAAAGUUGUUCCUCAUUGGAAAUCAAUUAACAGAUAAAUUGCCUGAAAGUUUUCAAAAUCUAAUUUCAUUGCAAGAAUUGGAUAUACGUAGAAAUCAGAUAACGAGUCUUGACACAAUAUCUUUAAUUCCCAACCUUGAAAUUCUCCUGAUCGAAUACAACAGCGUACUGACAGUGGAAAUAUCUUCAAAAUCGUUGCAAAAACUCAUUAUGUCUAAAAAUCAACUUACUCAUUUCUCGUUGAAGGAAACAGAAUCUUCUUUAAUAGAACUUUCAUUGGCAAAUGCAAACCUUUGUACAUUACAAAAUGAUCUGUUCGAACGUCUUUUGUCUGUUCAAAAGCUUGACCUUCGUAAUAAUAAGCUAACAUCGAUUCCAACGACAGUUGGGUUGAUGACGAAUUUAACACAUUUAACAUGUAUAAGUAAUACUCUUCGCACGUUGCCAAGUGAAAUUUGUUCUUUAGUCUCUUUACAUACAUUGGACAUUCAUUUCAACCAUCUUGUUUCUUUACCACAAGAGAUUUGGCUUUGUCGAAGUUUAGCCACUUUAAACGUUAGCUCAAAUCUAUUAGAGCAAUUUCCAGCCCCUCCAACCACUUCAUCGACUGAUCCUCCUCCACUCGUUCACUCACUUCGUAAUCUGUAUCUAUGCGAUAACGCUCUUACUGCUGGAAUAUUUAAUUCCAUUUCUUUAUUCUCUGAACUCGAAAUUUUGAAUAUCUCAUUUAAUUUUUUAGACGAAAUUCCUCCAGGAAAACUUUCUAAAAAUUCUCAUUUAACAGAAUUGUAUCUUUCUGGGAAUCAAUUGUCAUCGCUUCCAGAAGAUAUUGAAAAGCUAACUAAUCUAAGUGUUUUACACAUAAACGGCAACAGGCUGACAACAUUGCCCGCAGAAUUGAGUAAAAUAAGAAAGCUGGUAGUUCUUGACGUAGGGAAUAACUUGCUAAAAUAUAAUAUCGCGAAUUGGCAAUAUGAUUGGAAUUGGAACUGGAAUCUUGAACUUAAGUACCUCAAUCUUUCGGGUAACAAAAGAUUUGAGAUAAAAUAUGUACACCAAAAUGAAAUCAACCCACUUCAAAGAAAUCGGAAUUUGGCAGACUUUGAAAACCUUGCUGAUUUGAGAAUCCUUGGCCUUAUGGAUAUAACACUUUUAAAUUUUUUGCUUCCUGAAGAAACUGAUAAUCGUCGUGUUCGGACGUCAGCUCCAGUAGUAAAUUCUAUGCGAUAUGGUGUGGCAGAUACACUAGGAAAGUCAGAUAAUCUUUCAAUUUGGGAAUCUGUAACGCCAAAGUUUCGUGGACGUGAAGACGAGUGUAUUUUUGGGCUUUUUAAUGCCCGCUCCGGCUCCGAUCAAGGUGUUCGAGUUACUAAGUAUUUACGCGAUUGUUUCGUGUUCCACUUUGAAACUGAGCUCAAUAAGUUAAGAAACAUUGGAGACAAUGAUUUGGUAGAGUCGGCUUUACGAAGGUCUUUUUUGAGUUUAAAUAAAGAACUUGGUUCAAAGGUUUUCAAUUCAAGUAUGGAAAUGACAGAAAGCGGAUUUCACCACUCUUCGCUUGGUAUUGAUGACAAUAAGUCUGGCGCCUCUGGAUUAGUUGCUUAUAUUUCUGGGACAACAUUAUAUGUUGCGAACGUUGGUGAUACUGUGGCAGUUAUCAGUCGUAAUAACAAGGCAUAUCCAGUUGCACAAUGUCCAGAAGUUUUUAGUGAAAUUGAAAGAAUAAGGCAAGCUGGAGGGUAUAUGUCACACGAUUGCCUUGUCAAUGGGGAACUGGAUGUAUCUCGGUCAUUUGGACAUUUUCAUUUAACACCAAUUAUCAACGCUAAUCCUGUAACAGAGGUAGUUCAACUCUCGGAACAAGACGAAAUAUUAAUUCUUGCUACUCGAGAAUUAUGGAAUUAUGUGAACUAUCAAGUUGCGGUGGAUAUAGUUAUAACACAAAAGGAAAAUCUCAUGCUAGCUGCCCAAAAACUGCGAGAUUUCGCCAUUUCCUAUGGUGCUGAUCAAAAUAUCAUGGUAAUGAUUAUAGGGGUUGGGGAUUUGUUUGAUCGUCGUCUCUCUAAGCGGAUAAUAGGGUCCGAAAGAAUAGAUGAUGUGGGUACAGUAAAAUUUUUUGUUAGCAGAAGAAGAAGAGAUGAAAUAUCGACACAGUUAGGAGCAGAAAUUGCACCGCCGACAGGACAAGUAGCGCUAGUUUUUACUGAUAUAAAAAACUCUACAUUUCUUUGGGAAACAAAAUCAGAAGCAAUGCGUUCUGCAAUUAAAUCUCAUAAUCAAAUCAUGCGUCGUUGUCUACGCAACAUUGGUGGUUAUGAAGUAAAAACUGAAGGAGAUGCCUUCAUGGUAUCCUUUCCGACAGUAGCAUCAGCUCUUUUAUGGUGUCUUACUGUACAAAUUGAACUUUUAAAAGCUGAUUGGCCACAAGAAAUUAUUGAUUCAGACGAUGGAAAGGAAGUUUUUGAUAGGCAUGAUAAAGACUUAUUGAUAUAUAGAGGUUUAUCUGUUCGAAUGGGCAUACAUUGGGGUAACCCAGAUUGUGAAAUGGAUAUAAUAACAAAAAGAAUGGAUUAUUUCGGACCUAUGGUUAAUAAAGCUGCAAGAAUCUGUAAUGCGGCAGAGGGUGGGCAAAUUUUCGUGAGUGCUGAUGUAAAAUCAGAAAUUGAUAGUUUCAUAGAUGAUCCCGAUAGGAAAAAUAGUAUUGGAGGCGAUGAUGAAACGCAGGGGUCAUCUUGUAGAUUAAAUGAGGAUUUGAUGAAAUCUAGAAAUUCUUUAACAGUUACAGAAAAUUAUGAACCUAUUGCACCCACUCGAUUAGUUAGUCCAUCAUCUGUACGCAAUCUUGGAUAUCUUUGUCUUCGCCUUGAACGCGUGGCAUCUGGAAAUGUAAGCCAUCGUACUUCUCGAAAUUCAAAGAUAGAUCAUUUGACUGGAUUGUUAACAUUCCAUGUUAAGGAUAAUGCUGAUGAUGAAGCGUUUGCUCGUGUUCUUGAAGAACUCGGCGAUGCACUUUCACUUGAUCCAGAUCAUAUUGUUCGUGCUUUACAGAUGUAUGCACAAAUAGUUCUCCAACAAGGUCUUCAUUUGUAUUUACUGAAAAAAUCUUGUUUAAGCCCUGUUUUAACUCUCUAUUUUUACAAUUGCAGAUAUACCGAAAUUAUGCAAGGUUGUAUAGUUUUAGGAGAAAAGAACGCAUUUUCUGUUGAUUUUGAUAACGGUUUCUCCCAAGACACCGGCCUAUCUAGUCUUCUCCAGGAAUAUGAAAACGAACAAGGAUCCUCCUCCAGUCCUCCAGGUAUAGGAAAGACCAUCGGACAUUUCAAGAGAGCCAUCAAGGAGAAGAAAAUCAAUAUUCCUGAAAGCAAAGAAAAUUGGAAAGAAUAUUUGGACCUUUUUCUGGGAGAUAUUAAUAAAACGACCCAUACUCAGCUGACUAGGAUUGAGAAAAUUGGAAAAGAACAUGCUAUGAGUAUCAUGAAAGAACGAAAAAGACUCGAAUUCUCUGAUAAGGAAGAUUGUAGCACGAGAACCAAAAUUCCGCGUCAAGAUCUUGAUCCCUUUUUUCAG